AUGGCCCUUGUACAGAAUGAAACAAUGGGAGACCUUGAUAUCCCGACAAUUCUGACGUCACCUUCAAGCAUCGUUCUCCCUGCAGCUGCCAGGAAUUAUGAAUUGAAUAAUAUUCACUUUAAUAUGAUGCCUUCUUUUCAUGGAUUAAGUUCUGAAGAUCCUUUAGCUCAUAUUAGAGAUAUUUUUAACAUGGUUCCUAACAUGGCUUUGACAGAGGGAGUCACCGAAGAACAUCUCAAGAUGAAAGUCUUUCCCUACACAUUGAAAGAUAAAGCAAAGAUGUGGCUCAAUUCCUUAAGGCCUGGAUUAUUGACUAGCUGGACAAAGGUUCAAAACAAGUUCUUGGAGAAAUUCUUUUCAACUCAGAAAACUGAUGCACUAAGGGAUAAAAUCAUGUGGAGUAUUAAGAACAAGACGCCAACUGAAUGUCAAACUUUGUUUGAUACACUAGCAAUUGAAACACAGCAUUCUGAUACAAGAGGUAAACGUGCUGGAAUUUAUGAAAUUGGUAGUUCUAAUGCUUUUGCUUCUAAAGAGCAGGUUGAUGCUAUAACUAGUAAAUUGGACGCCUUGCUUGCUAUGAAUGGGAGAGCACCAAUACAAGAGAUUUGCUCCAUUUGUGUUGUUCACGGUCAUACCACCAUAUCUUGUCCUCAUGGGGUUGAUUUUCCAAAAUUUUUGCAAGAACAAGCCAACAUGAAUCAGAGCGCUUCUAUUCGGAACUUGGAGGUGCAAGUAGGCCAACUAGCUAAUGCAUUAAGUGGAAGAAAUCAUGGAGUUUUGUCGAGCCAACCUGAGGUUAAUCCAAAAAUUCAAGAACAUGUGAAGGCAAUCACACUUCGAAAUGGGAGGCCCAUAAAAACUGCUGUAGAUUUAGACGCAGAAACGCAGCAACAACAUCUGAAAACUAAGGAAAAAUCAGCUGAAAAUUGCCCACCUGUAGCCGGACCACUGCAACCUUCGAUUGUGAGCUCCACCGGAAAUUUAGCAAAAACUGAGCAACCACCAUCCAAAAAUCUCGCUCCAAAAUCCUAUGUUCCUCCAAUUCCUUUUCCGCAACGCUUGAAGAAAAAUAAGAAGGAUUCACAGUUCUCCAAAUUUCUUGAAAUUUUUAGGAAAUUGCAAAUUACCAUUCCAUUUGGUGAAGCACUAGACCAAAUGCCGAACUAUGGAAAAUUCAUCAAGGACAUCUUAAGCAAAAAGAGAUGUUUGGAAGAUACAGAGAUGGUGGAAUUGACGGAGGAGUGUAGCGCAAUGGCGGAUAGAUCACUUACAUAUCCUCACGGCAUUCUUGAAGAUGUACUAGUGAAGGUGGAUAAAUUCAUAUUCCUAGCUGAUUUCAUAGUUUUGGAUAUGGAAGAAGAUGUCGACACUCCAAUUAUUUUAGGCCGCCCAUUUCUCAUUACGGGAAGAAUGCUAAUUGACGUAGAAAAGGGUUCUUUGAUCCUACGAGAUGCCGAUCAAGAGGUGGAAUUCAAAGUUUUUGAUGCAACCAAGUAUCCCAUUGAUUCGGAGUAUUGUUUCCGUUUAGAAGCAGUAGAUCAUGUUGUUCAACCACAAUUCAUAGCGGACUACCCAAAAGAUCCACUAAAAGCAAGUUUGGUUCAUGAGAUAGAGGUAGGAGAAGAGCCACACGUGCUCGAAAUGGUGAACUUAAUGGACCCCAAGGCCCUCCCAAGCACCAUUGCUGCACCAACCCUCACUUUGCAAAGAUACUUGGAAGAAAAUUGCAAUCAACAAAAGGAGACCUUCGCUCUCCAUGAUCCCGGGUGA